AUGGCCGCAGUCGUCGCCGCACAGCUUGCCCGCCCUUCCAUUCGGCACUUCUCUGCCCACCGGCCGCGCCCCGACAGCCGCGCGGCUCGAGCAGUCGCCAUGUCCUGCAUCGUCUCAGGCGUGGUCCUCCCCUUCGUGCCGCCCGCUCUCGAGAGCUCGCGCCAAAGAAACUCGGGCUCCCCAGACAACACCAAGUGA